UUUAGUUUUUUUUCAUUUGUUAAUCACCAAAUUUUCUUUUGUGUUUUCCAAAUAAACGUAAAAUUCACGCAACUACAGACAAAAAGUUCGGAAAGUACGCUUAAUAACAACUUACGGUGCCUUGAAAGCGAAAAAAUCAAAAUUCAUCAGAACGAAUUAUUGAGAAAUAUCUCUCUCUGUGUAUCGUACGAAAGCAGCAAAAAUCAACGUACACAAAAAUAACACAGCAGUGAAAAAUAAACACAGAGAAAUCGAGUGAAGAAAACACAAACAUCAAUAAUAAUAAUAAAUAGAUUUCAAAGGAAACACAAAGUCGCGAGAAAAAAAGGUGAAUCAAUCAGCAUCUGCAUGUGAUCUCGCAGGGAAAAAUUAGAAAGAAAAUGUUGUUACGUGGAUUGUCGAGGUGCGUGAGAACACUUUUUGGUGACAACCUGGAGCUGUAAAGUAGUGUAGAGAUAAGAUAGAAGGCGGAAGGUAUACUAGCGAGAUUGUAGUCUGCACUGUAUACGUUGUGUGGUGCGACAAACGAGCGGCGGUUAAUUAUUUAAUGAAAAAAUAUCACACAUGUGUAUGUGACGACGAAAUGGAAUGAGAAACGCGUUAACAACUGCCUUUUCUUGCUAAAUGACUGCUCAUUUCAUUCAUAAACCAAACAGUAUAUUGUUGUAUUAAUUCACUUUUUUUUGUGUGUGCGUCUCAACUCAACAGCAGCUAAUGGUCGUUCCAUAUUUUAUGCCACACAUUUUAUAAAUAAACAACAAAAAUCACCAUAAAUUUCCGGUUUGUUUGGUAUUACAUAAAAAAAAUUAAAAUCUCGUUCAGAAGAAGACAAGAAAAAAGUGUCUCGUUUGUGUCUUCAACUCCAAUUAAACAAAUAUCGACGUCAAAUGUGAGACGAUGCCCACCAAACCAACGACUUCAAACUUUAAUGGCACAACCGUCUUACAUAACAACAAUAACAGCAGCUCGUCAUCAAGCAGCUCCACAACUAGCUCAAGUGUCUUGAACAACAAUUCAUGUACGGCAGCCGCUCAAAUAAUGCUCAACGGAUUCGCGAAAAACUCCACGCCAAUCAAUAACUCGGUGAAUUUUGCGCAAAACAAUACCACAAGUGAUAAGUUGCGCGGCAUCGGAGGCGGGGGCGGCGGUGCAGUUACAUCGACAACAACAACCGGCGACACGAAAAACAAUAAUUUGAAUUCCGCAACGGCCUACGCCAAUGUAACUGCCGACUAUGACUACGACUUGCCAAAUCUCGAAGCACCGAAAAAGGUCAACAAUGUGAAAUUACAUUUGCCAUCCCCCGCAUACGAUCGAUACCCAUCGAAGAAUUUGGGGCAGAUGAAAGUGUAUCCGAUCACGACGCCAGACCGGGAUGAGCCAGUAUUUCACGCGAACGGGCAAAAGCCGCAACAACAGCAACCGCCAGCCAACAACGACGACUCGAUGCUGAGACGCGAAGAACAAGAACGACUCGAUGAAAUAUUGUUGAUUUGCACAGAAUACGAAAAGCAAAAUCAAACACCGACACACGGUACAUUAGUCGGUUCCGCAUCGCCAAUCGUACAGAAUCGCAUCAAGACAAACGGUUCGUUGCCACGCGAAAAGAAGAAUUUAUCGCCGCUCAGUCCGACUGGCAACAGUAAUGGCAUCGCCAUGUCUCCGCUUGACAGUCCCAAGCCGCAACGCGCAUCAGAAUACGAAAAUCUGCACGAUUCAAAGCGAACUUACAUGAAUUUGCCGCUGAAGGAGACGUCAAAUACCGCAUCCGGGAACGGCUACGAGAAUGUCUUUCAAAUUCACAAGAAAAAUGUGCCGCAAAGUCCUCGAACGCGCAUCCGAACGUGCAUUUCGCCGAAAGUGGCACCUGCCGCACCACCGGAAAUCCCCGCAAAUCGCGCCAAUGAAUACGAUGCCAUCAUAAAAUCCUUCGAGGAGAAGUUAAAAGUCGAAAUUCAGUUGUUGCAAAAUCAGGAAGAGACUCCGGUGCCGUCGACGAGCGAAGGACAAACCUCCACAUCGCCCGAAAUUUCAUCCUCGGACAAUUCUAGUCUUUUACUGGAGCGCCAAACGGAACGCAGCGAAAUAAUAAAGACAAUUCGUCACUUGAAAACGCAAAUUGCCGACUUGGAGAACCAGCAAGAGGAAGUCCACCGUGAAAUGGAUGUCGAAAAAGCUCUUGUCACGGCAGAACUUUCGUCGGAGCACGAUUUAGCGGCAAAACUCGAACAAGAUUUGGCUCAAAUCACGCAAAAUUUGCACAGAGCCGAAGCACAGCGGAACGCAAACCGCGUGAUGCAAGAAACGAACCAAGCAAAGCUCAAACAAGCGAUCGACGUGAAGCAGGAACAUCUCAAGAGAUUAGAAUCCUUGCUAGAAACGGACAAAGAGAACGAGGAUUUGUGCAAAGAACAAAGUAAAAUAUCGGACGAACUCGAAAACGACAUAAAAGUCUUCGAAGAUUUGGAAUUUCAGUAUUUUGAGGAGGAAACAGAGUGGCAGCAACAACGCGACGAAAUGCAAAAAGACCUGCAACGACUACGACGACAGGUGAUGGAUAAACGUGAACACAUCAAAAAGUUGGAGAAACAAGAUAGUGAUAGUCAUGCAACGGCGUGCCUCGACACGAAGCACAUCGAAACGCAAAUAUUUGGUUUGCUGAAAGACCUUGAAGUGAAUCGUGAACGUUUAAAAGUCUUAGAUAAGGAAAUUUUUGAGAUAUCGGGACAAGAGUUAGAUCGCGACACCGAUACGGAAGAAGAUGAAAGUGAUCAACGGCGGACCGGGGUCAACAAUGUGAUGUCUCAAAGUCUCUUUGGGUCACAGGAAAUGCUGAAUCAAGGUGCCGCUGCAGCGAAAAAUGACUUGAUGUCCAAAAGCAUGAACGAAAAUAUGCUUUUGACGAAUUUGGAGACUGGCAAACGUCUGGAUUUCAGUUAUUGCAAUCCGGUUCCGAAACCGAAGCGACACCAAACCUUCGAUAUGAACAAGGAAAUUUCGGAUUUGUUGCAAACCAAAGGCGAUAAACUACAAGAAGCUGAUAACGGUGGCAGUCCAAAGCUCGUGAUGUUCCAACGAUCCACGGAAAAUGUCUCGGAUCCACUUUUAAAGCUCAAAUAUCAACUUCCGGACAGCGCCACGCUGCCUCGUGUCGUGCAUGCCGACAAAAAACGCCCAAAAUCGCAAACGCAAGACCUCAACCUCAGUCUCGAGGAAGAUAAUUUCACCGUGGAUCCGGGAACGCCUAAACGCAUCGCCUCCCAAGACGACAUCGAUCGCAUUUCCAAAAUCACAAACGAUUCGCCGCUCGUUUCAUCCCAAGGCGCCAGCGAUAAAGUCAAGGAAAGUAUCAAAGAAAUCGAGAAAAAUCGUCAAUUAUUGCUCGCGCAGCAAGGAUCCCAUUUGAUUGACUUUGAAAAACGCAAAAUGGACGAGCUCCGUAAACGAAGUCAGGACGAAGCACGUGCCAAAUAUCAGUUGGAACAACAAAAGGCCUUUACGAGUUCCUUACCGCGCAACGUAAAUGUCACGCGAUCGCCAAAAGUGGUGCACAAAGACACCAAUAACGUGCCCUACUUGCAGUAUCAACAGCAACUCAGUGGCGGCAGUAGCGAUGGAAGACCCUUGUCAGAGUUGUCCGAAUGCAGUUUCGAAGGAAAUUUCCAAAAUUUGCAGAAUCAAUCGACACCGAAUCGCAAGGAAGUGAUUGCGCCUGCGGCGUCGCCGUCACUCAAGUCAGAGAACCGCAACAGUAUUCAGAGUGAAAAUAGCUCGGAAGGCGCAGUGGUAAGACGCAACAUGCCGAAACAUCAACGACCGCUGACACGAUACUUGCCGAUAUUUUCGGACCUGAAUUUGCGGGAACACAUCGAGUCGGCAGGCCAUCAAAUUGCACUGUGUCCUCAUGUCUUUGUUGAUCGAACGACCUGUAAAGGAUACCUUCACAAGAUCGGAAACUACUUUGGAUGGUCGAAACGUUGGUUCGUCCUCGAUCGAGAUAAGCGUGCUUUAAUCUACUACACCGACAAAUCCGAGAAAAAAGUUCGUGGAGGAGCAUAUUUUUCGGCAAUUGACGAAGUUUAUUUGGACCACUUGAACGUCACAAAAUCUAAUCGCCCGCACAGCACUUUCAUCGUGAAGACAAAGAAACGCUUGUACCAUUUACAAGCACCUAGUGAUCAAGCAGCCCGCAUUUGGAUUGACGCAAUCAUCACCGGAGCUCAAGGAAACUUAUCAGAAUUUUACGAAUAAUCAAACAAUUUUUUUUUUCAAACCAUAACAAUAUUUAACAGAACUAACAAAAAAGAAACACAAGAAACGGAAAAUAGUUGCCAUAUUUUUACAUUACAAAUUAACACAUGUCACAAACAAACAAUUUUUAACAGGAAACAUAAAAAAAGUGUCUUAACGCAGUAUAAUUAAUCGUAUUUAUAGUUGAUAAGAAUGUUUUACAAACAGAGACGCGAUGAGAACCGAGCGCCUAAAGAGGAAAAUUUUACCAAAGAUUACCACAAACACUGUCUUAUAAAUAUUUUUUUUUUAAAUUGUAAGACUCAACUUACAAAUAAUAAUUAAUUAAAUUAAAAAAGGUUCUCUCGCAAACAAAAGAAAACUUGGAAAGAAUUCCUAAAACGACUAAAAAUAUUAAAUAAUAAUAAUUUAGAGAUCGUAGAGACUAAAAAAAACUUUUUAUUUUUAAGAUUACUUUUUUCUUCCUUUUUUGGUCAGAAACUGAAUUACUACUUACUAUUU